AUGGCUAAGAGUUCAAAUUCGAUCGAACCUUGGAAUGCUAUCGAACCACAAGCUUUUGAAAGUAGUGAUGAUGAAGACUUGUGUCCCCUUUGUAUGGAGGAGCUGGAUGUCUCCGAUCUCAACUUUAGACCAUGUCCUUGUGGAUACCGCAUCUGUCGAUUCUGCUGGCAUCAUAUUAAAGAAGAUCUCAAUCGAAGAUGUCCUGGAUGUCGAAAAGAAUACGAUGAUAGUGUAGUAGAGUUUAAACCUAUGAAGGCAGAGGAGCUGAAACGCUUGCAACAAGCUAAGAAGCAACGAGACAAGGAUAGAAAAGACCUCGAACUUGUCAAUCGAAAACAUCUUGCGAAUGUUCGAGUUAAACAGAAAAAUCAAGUUCAUGUUCAAGGUCUUACCACAAAGAUUGCCAAUGAAGAUACAUUGGCUCAGUUGAAGACCAGUGAAAUGUUUUCUCAAUAUGGUCGAAUCUUGAAGAUGUUUAUGUCACGUCGCACAGGUCCCACCAAUCUUUAUACGCCCGACUCUCGAUACCAACACGUCAAUCUAUACAUCAAUUUUUCAAAAAACACAGAAGCUCUGGCUUGCAUUCAAGGACUCGAUGGCACCUCACUACCCGAUGGACAUCGAUUGAAGGCUAGUCUCGGCAGCACAAAGUAUUGUGCUUCUUUUCUGAGAGGACUGAAAUGUAUCAAUGAUAACUGUACCGCUGCUCAUGAAUUGGCCGAAGAAGUCGAAGGGGGUGGCAGUGCUGCUAGAGAGGAAAUGUCUACCGCGUAUCUAUCACCUUCUAUCUUCACAUUCCCUGGCAUUCCCAUCGCUAAUCCACCCGAACCUAUUUCCAGGCGACAUGCACAAAAGGAGAGUGAACAUCGUAUCUCUCCCAAGAAUCACAUUUCACACGCUCUACAUCCAAGCUCUUCAACGCCCGCCAACCCUCUUGCUUCAGGUGUCGCAUUGCCUGCUACUGCGUCCUGGGCGAACAAAUCAAGCUCAAACAGUCGGCCGGCUUCACCUGCACCUCAUCUAUUGUCUCUCCAGAAUCAAGCUCAGCACUCUUCGCCCUCAGCUAAGCUUAUGUUGCGGGGAACAACAUCGACUGCUUUGAAGCCUACACAUCCUUUACCGCCCAAACCACGUCAUAACUCUCCCUACGGAGCAAAGGUCAAAUCUACCAGUGAAGAGCCUAACUCUACCGGCAAACCUCUCUCUGGCCUACACUCCAACGAGGCUGGGACCAAUAACAAAUCCUUUCGCCCUACUUCAGAUUCACAGGCUGAUGAUCCUCAUCAUCAACGCAUGGCUGAUGAGAAAGACACUCAAAAGCCUGAUGAAGUAUCCCCUACAAACGUCACCUUCACCACCACAACUCCACAUCCUCCUGGUUUGCCUCCGCCGGGUCUCAAUGGCCUACCUCCGCCUGGCUUGACCGCAUCCUCGGCAGGCACGUCCCCAGCCACACGUGUGCCUACCUCCCUGCCGCCUGGCCUUACACCCCCACAACCUGUAGACUUUGCCUCCUCGUCUUGGCAUGGCGCCUUUGAUGUAACCGUUGCUUUGGAGCCCAAGUUUGCUCAGACAUCUCUCCGAACCUCUACGGGAAAAGACGACAAGAUCGACAUUCUGUCUACUUUCUCACCCAAUUUCACUCUCACGUCUCGAUCUUCAAUUUUCGACCCAUCAGACGACCCUUUCUACUGCGUGCCGGAUCCUACUAUCCCUACUAGUUAUUCAGGGAGCUUCAAUCCCUUUGCGGAUACUGACAUCAAUCCGCCUGAUCGCAUGGCAGGAGGUGAAUCACAGGGGAAGAUAGGGGAUGGUCGAUCGGACGAACCUUUGAUUGCACGGCGAGGUUCUAGGUUUGGAUUUGCUAGACGUGAAUCGGGCUUGACUACAGGUCUGACGGUAGAGGGACCUUCAUCGUCUCCUCUGCGGAGCAUCUUCUCUAGCAAUAGCGCAGAUGGCGGUGGUCCGAGUGGUCAGAAUAAUCUCAGUAAUUCGGCUAGAUCGGCGAUGACAGUUGGCAGGUCUGAUGGAUCAGUACACUUGGCAAGUAACACCCCAGGGGAAUCGACACCUGAUGCUUCAGUUCUAUUUCCUGGAGUCAAUCUCGCUGCUUCGUACUCGGCAAACGCACUGCCGGCUGCCUUGGCGCGGGGUAUGAAAUCCCCAGGAAGCACACCUUCACGUCCGUCAACAAAUACACCUCCUGUAUCAUUCCAAAGUCUAACGCCAUCCACUCAUCUACGUGACGCUAUGAUUGCAUCAUAUGAUCGCCCCAACGAUCGGCUACCACCAGCUUUCAACCCUCGGGCUACCGCGACAAGUCCUACAUACCCUCACACACAUCUUUCGAACCAUCAUGAAGAUCUUUUACGAGGAGAACAUACUCGAGACCGACGAGUGGAUGUCACCCCUGGCGCAUUUAAUAUGUCCUCGCAGUAUUCCAUGGGUAAUGGGGAUAUGGGUCAUGAAUUCCAAGAUCCAGCUAUCUUGAACAUGAGAAUGGCCUCUAAUGCCAAUGGUGCCUAUGCACCUCCACUUUUACCUAGUUCAAGUUCAAGUCAUAGUGUCAAUGAUCUUUAUCCACAAUUCAAUAUGAAUGCAGCUGGAUUUCAUAAUGUGAUGAGUUCAGGUCGGCCUCAUUUUCCACAAACUCAAACUAAUCAAGAUCUUUUAAAUCAUUAUGGUUUCCCUGGUGUUCAUCCGUUGGCUAAUGCUCCUAAUAAUCGAGUUCAAUCACAUACUUAUUAUAAUGUGAGUACGAUUGGUAGUCAAGGUUUGAUGAGUGGCAAUGCUCAAAGAGACAUCGAUGAUGGAAUCAAAGAUUAA